AUGCGUGACCACAAUGGCCAGCCAUCACUGGACAGUUUUUCAAACAGUGUUGUUAAUGACACGAUUAAUAACGACAUAGGUAUAAGGAGGAUACAUCUAAUACUUCAAUUGCUGAAAACCUAUUGUUACUUUUCUGGUAUUAAACAUCUCUUCAGCCUCAGACUGAUUGCAAUGUUCCUUCUACUUCAUUUCAUCAUCCUGAUAGAUGUCAAAGAUUUUGCACUGACCAAGGGCAGUACAAUCACUUCUCUGUGCCCAAAAGGAUACUUUCCCUGUGGAAAUCUUACCAAGUGCUUACCCCGUGCUUUUCACUGUGAUGGUGUGGACGACUGCGGGAACCAGGCUGACGAGGAUAGCUGUGGAGACACUAGUGGAUGGGCGACCAUAUUUGGCACAGUCCAUGGAAAUGCUAAUUAUGUGGCAUUAACACAGGAGUGCUCUCUAAACCAGUAUCCACAACCCUGUGACUGCAAAGGAACUGAAUUGGAAUGUGUAAAUAUGGGCUUAAAGUCUGUGCCAAUGAUUUCCAGCAAUGCGACAUUACUGUCUCUUAAGGAAAACAAAAUUCACAGUCUUCCAGAUAAAGUUUUCAUCAAAUACACAGCACUGAAACAGAUAUUUCUUCAGCAUAAUUGUAUUACGCACAUAUCACGGAGAGCAUUUUUUGGAUUACAUAAUCUGCAAAUAUUGUAUCUCAGCCACAACUGUAUUACAACUCUCAGACCCGGAGUAUUCAAAGACUUACAUCAGCUAACUUGGCUAAUUCUAGAUGACAAUCCAAUAACCAGAAUUUCCCAGCGGUUGUUUACUGGACUAAAGUCCUUGUUUUUCCUGUCUAUGGUUAAUAACUACUUAGAGGCCCUUCCCAAACAGAUGUGUGCCCAAAUGCCUCAACUCAACUGGAUGGAUUUGGAAGGCAAUGGAAUAAAAUGUCUUACGAAUUCCACCUUUCUGUCAUGCAAUUCACUCACAGUGCUGUUUCUGCCUAGAAAUCAAAUUGAUUUUGUUCCAGAGAAGACAUUUUCUUCAUUAAAAAAUUUAGGAGAACUGGACCUGUCUAGCAAUAUGAUAAUGGAGCUACCAGCCCACCUUUUUCAAGACCUGAAGCUUCUACAGAAACUGAAUCUGUCGUCCAAUCCUCUUUUGUAUCUCCACAAGAACCAGUUUGAAAGUCUUAAACAACUUCAGUCUCUAGACCUGGAAAGGAUAGAGAUUCCAAAUAUAAAUACGCGGAUGUUUCAACCCAUGACGAAUCUUUCUCACAUUUAUUUCAAAAACUUUCGAUACUGCUCCUAUGCUCCCCAUGUCCGCAUAUGUAUGCCCUUGACUGACGGCAUUUCUUCAUUUGAGGACCUCUUGGCUAACAAUAUCCUCAGAAUAUUUGUCUGGGUUAUAGCUUUCAUAACCUGCUUUGGAAAUCUUUUUGUCAUUGGCAUGAGAUCUUUCAUUAAAGCUGAAAAUACGACCCACGCUACGUCCAUCAAAAUCCUUUGUUGUGCAGAUUGCCUGAUGGGUGUUUAUUUGUUCUUCAUUGGCUUUUUUGAUAUAAAAUACCGUGGGCAGUAUCAGAAGUAUGCGUUACUGUGGAUGGAGAGUUUACAGUGCCGCCUCAUGGGGUUCCUGGCCAUGCUGUCCACCGAAGUCUCCGUCCUGCUGCUGACGUACUUGACUUUGGAGAAGUUUCUGGUCAUUGUCUUUCCCUUCAGUAAUAUUCGUCCUGGAAAAUGGCAGACCUCGGUCAUCCUCAUUUGCAUCUGGAUUAUGGGAUUUUUAAUAGCUGUGAUUCCGUUUUGGAAUGAGGAUUAUUUUGGAAACUUUUAUGGAAAAAAUGGCGUGUGUUUCCCACUUUAUUAUGACCAAACAGAAGAUAUCGGAAGCAAAGGUUACUCUCUUGGAAUUUUCCUAGGUGUGAACUUGCUGGCUUUUCUCAUCAUUGUGUUUUCCUAUAUUAUUAUGUUCUGUUCCAUUAAAAAAACUGCCUUGCAGACUUCGGAAGUGAGGAAUCAUGUUGGAAGAGAGGUGGCUGUUGCAAAUCGUUUCUUUUUUAUAGUGUUCUCUGAUGCCAUCUGCUGGAUUCCUGUAUUUGUAAUUAAAAUUCUCUCCCUCUUCCGGGUGGAAAUACCAGGCACAAUCACCUCCUGGAUAGUCAUUUUCUUCCUUCCGGUAAACAGUGCCUUGAACCCCAUCCUCUACACUCUCACAACCAGCUUUUUCAAAGACAAGCUGAAACAGCUGCUGCACAAACAUCGGAGGAAAUCCAUUUUCAAAACGAAGAAAGAAAGUCUCUCGACAUCCAUUGUGUGGACGGAUGACUCCUCCGCGCUUAAACUUGGCGUUUUGAGCAAGAUAACCCUCGGGGAUGGUAUAGUGAAGCCAAUUUCCUAGCAAUGGUUUUGGACCCCCGGACUUCCAGGGGACUACCUGUAAGAAAAGGACAGCGUUCGGAACAUGCUACCUGCAGUGCUUUUCAUCUCCCCCAAAAGCAAAC